GCCCCACAACACCAGAAAGAUUACCUAUGAAGAGCUUUAACACCAACAGGUCUAUCGCAGUUCACAAAACAGAUGUCUCUACAAUCAACGACGACCCUAAUAAGAACUGCCCAUUGCACAAUAAACCUCAUCCACUUAAAAAAUGCAGGACAUUCAGAAACAAGUCCAUCGAUGACAGGAAGGCCUUUCUAAAACAAAAAGGAAUAUGCUUCAAGUGUUGUUCUUCAACUUCACAUGUUGCCAAAGACUGCAAAUCUUCCGUGAAAUGCUUAGAGUGUGAAAGCAUCUAUCAUGAUGCAGCCAUGCACCCUGGCCCACAACCUCAACUCACCAAGGCUCCUCCACCACCACAAGAGAACGGCGGGGAGGGAGAAGAUGAUUCUAAUGUAACUGAUGUUAGAACCAGCUGCACAGAGGUUUGUGGCCCCGGCCAGUGGGGUCGUUCUUGCUCUAAGAUCUGCCUUGCAAAGGUCUACCCCAAACAUUCAAAACACAAAGCCAUUAAAGCUUAUGUAAUCCUGGACGACCAGAGCAAUCGCUCUUUAGCCAGGCCAGAGUUCUUUGAGCUGUUUGGUGUGGAGGACAAGCCACUCUUAUACCAUCUCAGAACAUGCUCCGGAGUCAUCGAAAUGUACGGCAGGAAGGCAGAAGGAUUCCAGAUAGAGUCGUUGGAUGGCAACGUUCUCAUACCUCUUCCACCACUCCUCGAGUGCCCUGAAAUCCCCAACAAUCGAGCUGAAAUCCCAACACCAGGUGCAGUUUUGCAUCAACCUCAUCUCCACCAUAUAGCCAAACACAUCCCUGAUCUGGACCCAGAAGCAGAGAUACUCUUGCUGCUCGGGAGAGACGUGCUUAGAGCACACAAGGUCAGGCAGCAAGUUAACGGGCCACACAACGCUCCCUUUGCACAACGUCUCGAUCUAGGCUGGGUAGUGAUAGGGGAGGUGUGCCUAGGCAAUGUGCAUAAGCCAACAGUUGACACAUUCAAGACCCAUGUCCUAGACAGCGGUCGCCAUUCCAUAUUUCAGCCCUGUGCAAGUUUCAUGCAGGUCAAAGAAACACAGCCAAGCUCCAGCAAGUCUAACAAAAUGCCAGAGAGGAUGCUAGGACACACAGUGUUUAACCAAUCUGAACAUGAUAACAAAUCUGCCCCAUCAAUAGAAGACAUCCUCUUCCUAGAGAUCAUGGAUACAAAUGUCCACAGAGAUGACACUGGUAGCUGGGUUGCUCCAUUGCCGUUCAAGGAGCCACGGCAACGUUUGCCAAAUAAUAAAGAGCAUGCGGUCAAGAGGUUUGAAUCCUUGCAACGCCAAUUCAGGAAGAAACCCGAGAUGCAGAAACAAUAUGUGGCAUUCAUGGAGAAGAUCAUUGCCAAUGGUCACGCAGAGGUGGCACCACCCUUGAGGGAAGAUGAAGAGUGCUGGUUUCUUCCAUCAUUCGGGGUAUACCACCCACAAAAGCCCAACCAAAUCAGGGUGGUUUUUGAUUCCAGCGCUCAGUACUGUGGAGUCUCCCUCAAUGACGUGCUUCUGACUGGUCCCGACCUCAACAAUUCUCUCUUGGGUGUCCUUCUACGCUUUCGAAGGGAGAGAGUAGCAAUCCUCGCCGACAUCCAACAAAUGUUUCACUGCUUUUUGGUCCAUGAAAGGCACCGCAACUUCCUCUGGUUUUUGUGGUAUGAGGACAACGACCUCACCAAGGCAGUUAUCGACUACCGCAUGAGGGUUCACGUCUUUGGCAACUCACCAUCCCCAGCUGUGGCCAUCUAUGGUCUGCGGAGAGCCAUUGCUGAAGGUGCCCAGAAGUACGGUGCCGACACAAUGAAGUUUGUGGAAAGACACUUUUACGUGGAUGAUGGCUUGGUGUCUCUCCUAUCUGAAGCAGAAGCAAUCAACCUUCUCCAACGGACUCAGGCUUCACUUGCUGAAUCAAACCUCCGCUUGCACAAGUUUGUGUCGAAUAGUCCAGCAGUCACUGGAGCUUUCCCGCCAGAAGAUUGUGUCCCACUCAUCAAGGAUCUGGAUUUGAGUGGGGAGACAGCACCCAUGCAGCGCAGCCUGGGUUUGCUGUGGGAGAUCAGAAAAGACACAUUCACAUUCUCUGCAUCAACUAUUAUCAAACCUUUCACCCGACGUGGAGUUCUCUCUACCGUCAAUAGUGUUUUUGAUCCGAUGGGUAUGCUGGCACCUGUCACAAUCCAGGGACGAGCUCUUCUUAGGGAACUUAGUUCGGAACAGACUGACUGGGAUGCACCUCUCCCAGAAGACAAGCUGAAGAAAUGGGAAACCUGGAGAGAUUCUCUUCAAGUCCUAAAGGAGCUUCAUGUGCCACGUGCAUUCACAUCAACCUCGCUCACCAAAGCUGCGCACACAGAGUUGUUUGUAUUCUCAGAUGCCUCAACUAUGGCCAUUGGGGCUAUCGCUUACUUGAGAGCCAUUCAGGAGGAUGGAAAAGUGGAAGUAGGAUUUGUUAUGGGCAAAGCCAAAUUAGCACCCCAGUCUGAACCAACAAUCCCGAGGCUCGAACUCUGUGCUGCUGUCCUUGCAGUAGAAAUGGCGGAUCUCAUCCGGGAGGAGCUGGAUCUGAAAUUGGAUGCUGUCAGGUUCUACACGGACAGUAAGGUAGUACUCGGGUAUAUUUGUAAUACGACAAAACGCUUCUACACGUAUGUCCAUAACAGAGUCCAACGUAUCCGACAAUCUACCAGACCAGAACAAUGGCAUUAUGUGUGCACGGAAGAAAACCCUGCGGACCAUGCAUCCAGAUCUUUGCCUGCAUCCCAUCUGGCACAGAGUUCUUGGUUCACCGGACCUUCAUUCCUGCAUCAGUUAUCUGCAGAAACAACACAAACCGGUGAGACGUUUGAGCUUAUCGACCCAGGAAAUGACUCAGAGAUUCGACCACAGGUACGCACCUACACUACUCAUCUGAAGGAACCUGUACUUACUCCUGAUCGCCUUCACCGUUUCUCCACCUUUACCUCUCUACUGCGAGCAGUGGCAUUCCUUAUCCAUGUGGUAAGAUCUCACAAACAUUCAAACAGAAACAGCAGGUGUACAGGAUGGCACAUAUGUUGCUUACCUCGUACUGUGGACGAAAUAGCUCAAGCGAAACAUGUCAUUCUGCAAGCAGCACAAAGGCCAGCCUUUGUCAAGGAACUGUCAGCCCUCCAAGCAAACAAAGUGGUGCCCACAAACAGCCCGUUGCAUAAACUCAGUCCAACUUUGGAGAGUAGUCUCAUCUGUGUUGGAGGCAGACUGAAACAUUCUCAACUAACGUGUGAAGAAAAGAACCCAGUAAUCCUACCCAAGGACAGCCACAUUUCCUUACUGCUCAUACGACAUCACCAUGAGCAGGUGAGACAUCAGGGUCGACAUCUCACAGAAGGUGCAGUAAGGGCAGCUGGACUGUGGAUUUUGGGUGGUAAGCGACUAAUCAAUUCAGUCCUACACAAAUGCGUAAUCUGCCGGAAGCUGCGUGGGAGACCGGAAGAACAACGUAUGGCUGACUUAUCACCGGAACGUCUCAAGGUUUGCCCUCCCUUCACAUACGUUGGGCUUGACGUCUUUGGGCCUUGGUCUGUUGUAACCAGACGCACCAGAGGAGGACAGGCAGAGAGCAAACGGUGGGCCAUGAUGUUUAGCUGUUUGAGUUCAAGGGCCGUCCACAUUGAGCUGAUUGAGUCUAUGGACACAUCUAGCUGUAUAAACGCUCUCAGGCGGUUCUUCGCUCUCAGAGGCCCUGCAAAGGAACUCCAGUCGGAUUGUGGGACCAACUUCAUUGGAGCUAGCAAGGAGUUGGAGAUGGAUAAUACUGUACAGGGGUACCUCAGCAAGCAAGGAUGUAGCUGGAACUUCAGACCUCCACAUGCUUCCCACAUGGGAGGCUCAUGGGAACGGAUGAUUGGUGUUGCCAGGAGAAUCCUUGAUUCAAUGCUCUUGCAGCAAAAGAGUCGCCUAACCCAUGAAGUGCUGUCAACACUAAUGGCAGAAAUUACAGCUAUCAUCAAUGCACGUCCACUCCUACCUGUGUCUACAGACCCACACCAACCUUUCAUUCUUUCAUCGGCCAUGCUCCUCACACAGAAAUCAGGAGUUCCACCUCCUCCAGGAGAUUUCACAGAUAAGGACCUCUUCACAAAACAAUGGAGGCAGGUUCAAGUGCUCGCCAACCAGUUUUGGGCCCGUUGGAGCAAAGAAUACUUACCAUCCUUACAACAAAGACAAAAAUGGACAGUGACAAGCAGAAACCUUCAAGUUGGGGAUCUGGUCCUCCUCAGAGACAAGCAGACAAUCCGCAACUACUGGCCCAUGGCCAUAGUCACAGCAACCUUUCCUGGGAAGGAUGGACAUGUGAGAAAGGUUGAGGUAAAAACCGCCGACCAAGGUGACACAAGAACCUUCCUAAGGCCAGUUGCAGAAGUAGUUCUUCUUCUGCCUAAGGACUGAUUUAAGGACUGUUGUUUGGACUCAUUCAGGUUCAUAGUGGCCUCACAUAGGCCAGGCGGGGAGUGUGAUGCCUCAAAGGCAUUUAUGCCAUUUAUCUUUAAUGUUUGCUUUAAAAUAAUUCAUUUGUAUGUAUUUAAGUUAAAAAGAACAGUAAAAAGAGUUAAAAAUAUUAAGAAGAUUUAAUUUUGAAGGUGAACUUGCUAAUAACCUCACUUCCUGGUGGGUUACAGUUCAUUUCCUGUUUACCUCCUCUUCCUGGUUGCUCUAAGAGGGAGAGUGACAUGCGGUCAUGCUCUGAGGCUUAUCCACAGCCAUCCACUUGGGAACAUUGUUCAGGCAACGCCUUUUCACCGCUUGUCAAAUGAAGAUUCUGAGUAAAAAGUCAACUCUACUCGGACUCCUGUAUUCAUUGACAGAGGUUUA